CCCGCUCCUACUUCGGCAACAUCCUGUUUCGUCCUUCGUCCUUGCCGAGCCUCUGAGCGCAUACGCCGCGCGUUUUGGAUCCUAGCUGUCGCUGAAUUUGGUUCGUGGAGUUCGCUGCUAGUUCGAAAGUUUAAAUCUAGCGGAUUUUGGCAGAUUUUUGUGUGGUUUUUGUCUUGUGAAGUGUGGGAAAAAAGUUAUGAUAUGAAUUUGGAUACGCGAAGGAUAACCAGCUUAAUUUUCUGGAUUUUAUUUGGAGUUUUAUUGGAUGCAACGUCUUCACACAUUAUCCUGAGCCAGGAAUCAAACGUCAAACUACUAAAUGAAACCUUUGCAGUAAUAUGCAGGGAUUCAGCUGGUAGAAAAGUGGAAUGGUCUGGGCCCAAAGGCGUUUUGGGUGUCAUGACUAGGCCGAAAGUUGAAAAUAAAAUGUACGGUACCACACUGAUCUUCUAUGGUACCAAGGCUGAAGAUACUGGUACCUACACAUGCAAUUCAGGGUCUGAAAAGAAGCAUUAUAAACUUGUUGUGGAAGAAAGACACACAAGUACAGAAUCUAUAAACACUAUAACCUAUAAUCCUAAUAGAUCGCACAGAAAACCUUAUAGACAAAACAAACACACUACAUACCAUAGUACUACUGAAGGUAAUCAAAUAGAUGCUAGAAUUGAUGUGGCCAAUAUACAAAAAUCAUACAAUUCCUCAGAAAAUUAUUCAAAAGAAUGGGAAAAUGGAGCCCCCAUAUCUUUUCCCGACUCACCUGAAGAACAGACCGCUAGAGAGGGAAAUGACGCUGUUGUACGCUGUGAAGUUAGAGGUGGACAAGCCACGUGGAGCACAUUGGACGACGAAGAGCUAGCAGAACCGAAAUUCAAGGUGGUAGCUGACGGGUUGAUAAUUAAAAAUGUUACCAGGGAAGAUAGCAAGACGUAUGUCUGUAAGGCAUUCCAAUCCAGCACUGGAAACAUCUUUGAUAGAAAAAUACGACUAAUUGUUCAACAUAAACCAGUGUUGGUGCCACAUUACGCAACGGACAAAAUCGUUUAUGGGUACAUUAAUGGUUAUGUAAACUUGACAUGUGAGGUUUAUGCUGAACCUGCCCCACGUUUUCAGUGGUACCUCGUGAUAAGGAAAGAAAAAAAGAAAAUUUCCGGGGAAAUCAGUGCCUCCACUCAUGCCUCAGUCCUACAAUUGUAUGUCACGAAGAGAUCCUUUGGAGAUUACGUUUGUGUUGCCAAAAACAACUUGGGAAUGUUGGAGAAAAUCUUCACUUUAGACGAAGGCUCUCAACCAGAUCCUCCAAAGGGUUUUGAGUUGGUUGAGGCGUUUGGAGAUACUUUGGUUUUGGAGAUUAUAGGUCCUGAUUUGGAGGAAGACCGGGAUGAAAAUAUGGACCCCAGAUGGUAUGGAGUGGAGUACAAGAACUCGCAGAGUGAGGAGGAUUGGAGUCUUCAGGAGUUUAACAUAACUGAUGAGAACACCUAUUCACUAUCGGGACUCGAACCUCUCACAGAUUACGAAGUUAGAUGCGCAACGAAAAACCUGGCCGGCUUUAGCGAUUUCACUAAUUCAUCUAUAUUUAAAACGGUGUCAUCGGCCCAAGACUGCACCUAUUCGAUCUUAAUGCUGCUCUUACCUUUGCUGUGUCAAAUGUUUACUGGAAACUGAUGUUAAAAUGUUUAGGCUUAUAAACCAAUUCUAUGAGAAGUUAUGAGGGAUUUAUUAUGACUUUGGUUGAUUUAGUUGUUUUAACCAAGCAUUUUGUUACAAAUACAGUAAUACUACCCUGAGUAGUACAUAAAUGAGGGUUCUGGACAUUAUAAAUAUAGUAAUAUUUCCAUGUAAUUUUUUUUAUAUUUUAAACUAAUAAUAUGCAAAAAUUUAAGACCCACACUAGAUAGAUUGUUAUAGUAUAUAGUAAAGAAAAUAUAACUGCCCCUAUAAAAAUUAUUGCAAAAACAACCAAAAAAUGUUUUUGUGAUGUGAGAUAAUAAAAUUAAAAUGUGUAAAAAUACCAGAAAAGUGUUACGCCAGGGUACAUCAAAAUACAAAACUAGGUUUCUUAUGCAUUACAAAAUUAACCUAGUUUUUUGUUUUUACUUUUUCCAUAUUUCAUGCACAAUCAUCUUGCAUCUACCAUCCACGGGCAAUAACAUCAUUUCAUAUCAACAAUCAUUAUCAUUAAAAAAAUUGACUGUAAUGCCAAAUAGAGGAAGAACUUACUAAAAAGACACAAUUUUUGUAAAUAUAAUAAUGAGUGUUAUGAGCUUUAUUAUUUUGGAGGCUUCUUAAUUGUACAUCUAAUUGCUGAAAUGUUUGUGGGACAUUUUAAAGAGAUUUUUGAUUUUUUUAACUUAAAUAAAAAUCUUGAGUGAUCUUUGGUACUCACCAAUUAUUGAUAACUCUCUUUACAUGGCCGCGAGUUCUAGAAGCAUCUCAAGACUUCACUAAGGCUUAAUUAAUAAUAAAUGAUUAUUUAAUGUUUAAAUAAAUCAAAAAUUAAAUAAAAUCUUUCACACGAAAUAAGCGGAAUACAAUUUUACAGUUUAUUCAACUUAGAUAGUGAUUUAACGGUAUUGUUUGUUUAUGGCUUAUCCCAAUACUUACAUUACGAUUCAAAAUAUGCAAUCAAUUAUAAAGGGAUUUACGAGUAAUAGACCAGGUAUGAUGCACUUAAAUUUGUUGAAUUUCGGUCUAAAAUCGAUUCUAAUUGGGAAGGAUUAAACCGGAUUAUCUGGCAGGCUUUUGAUUAUUAGUUUAGUUUAGUAGGUUAAAUUUAAAUAUUGUAUUGUUCUUUCGAUGGUUGAGUCCGACGAGUUACCAAUUAAUCAAUUGUGCCAACAUUAAAAACAAAAAAUGACUUUAUUAAAGUUGAAGUUAUCAGACUGAUUAUUAGUUGAAUAAAUUGUAAUAGUUUGACAAUAUUUAUACUGUAUAAAUUAUAAUUAUAAAUGUAAUUUCAAAUUUGUUAGUCAAUAAAUAUAUACACUUUUGUCAUAUUGGUGUAAAAUAAAAAAAAUUGUUGAAACGUAGCUUGAUACUUAAUUCCAGCUUUUUAUUGUUGGUAUUGAUAAAAGAAAUGUAUUUGUUUUGCUUUACUUUAUGGUGCUAAGUAUAAUUUUUUAUAAAUUCAUUGUAUAUAAUAGUUAUAAAUAAGUUUAAAUUAUCGAAAUUGUAUUGAUGUUUAUAAAUUCGUUAACGAUCCAUAAUUAUAUGUAUUUAGUUUUUCAAAAAUAAAACCUAUUUACAACCCGAAAUUUUUUUGAAUUAAAUAAAACCCAAUGUGUAUAUUUAAUGUGUAUUGGACGGACCAUCAAGUCUAUCAGGUAUAAUAAAAAAAUGCAUGGAAAUUUGCGGGAGAUGCUUUGGAUGUUCUUUAGUGUCAACUUCGCGUUUUUGAAAAUGUUUUUCCACCCAUUUUAGAAGCAACCUUACUUCAUCGUAACUCUGAAGUCUUACAUCGGCAGCAGUUUUCACGAGUUUUUUAUCUCCAACUAUCCGAAAAGUGAUUGCUAGACCUUUGAGGAUCUAAAGGAAGAAACAGGGUUUAAAUAAAAAAGUAUUUAACAUACGUAUUCUCUUAUAUUAUUAUUAAAAUUAAUAAAUAUUAUAAAAAAUAAUAAACACCGAAUCGUCCACUUGUGUCGUUUGGCUUAAAUCUAUCCCUGUAUAUACAAGAAACUAAAAACUAAAAGAACUAUAAGGGAUUUAUGGACUCUUUUAUCGAUGCGUUUUUAGUUUGGUUUUUUGUAACGGUGUACAUCUCCAUCUGGACUGCCGCGUGGCGCAAAGAAUUUCUCCUGUAAUUGUUAGGAUCUAAACUCGGUUUCCUACGACUUAAGUGUCUCUCGACCCAUUUUAGAAGCGUUAAGACCGAGUCUGUGGAUGGCAAACGACGCUCCGCCACUGUUUUAGUGAUGUCGGAUGAUGUUACCCUAAAUGUGGCCG